AUGGUUAGUGAAGAUGUAACUGAAUUAAUUAGUCCAACAGAUAAACGUGCUUUUAUAUUGGCAACAGCUCUUCCUCAAUAUCAUUCCGAUUCAGCUAUUAUUCAAUAUCGAUCAUUUUUACUUCAAGCAAAACCUUUAGGUUUUUCUGAUAAACAAAUUGAUACCGUUUCUGGAGAAUGGCCAGCACAAACAAAUUAUCUUUAUUUAAAAUAUCAUGGCAAUAAUAAUGAUACACCAAUUCUUGAAUUUGGAUAUAGGCAAACUAGAAAUGAGACAAUAAAAAUAUUGCAUACCUACGAUGAUACUGAAGGAUGGAUAUCAUCAUCACUUUAUAAUGAACUUAACUCUUACAUUACAGUUCGUAACAAUAAUACUCGUUACAUUCAAAAGACUUUUAUCACUAAUGAUGGAAAAGUAACAAAUAUUCCAUUAAAUUAUGAUUAUAUUAACUAUAUCAAAGAUGAUCAUGACAAAACAUAUCCUUAUUCAUCAUGGAAAUGUUCCAGAACAUCACGUAAUGACUUAAAAGAAGAUGACGAAUAUUGUAUUUUAACAAAUAUUUAUUAUCAAUCAUCUACUGAUCAAUAUUAUUUUUUUCGAAAUCCAUCAACAACAAAAAUAGAAAAGCAAAGAGAUACAUUUAUGGUUUCUUAUGGUGUUCUUAAUUUAAAUGUAACUGAUAAUAUUGCAAUUAUUAAAAAUCUAAAUCUUGCAGCUAUUUUGAAAAGACCACUUUUAGUUACUCAUCCACCUGAUCAAAAUUAUGCUCAUGGUUUUCUUGAAUCAUGUGGUCCUCGUUUUUGGGUAUUAGCCGAAUGUCAAUCACAUCCAUCUUAUAUUGAUCCAACUAAAAUUCAGAUCUAUUAUACAUCAAAAAUACUUGAUGGUUUCUCAUCAAAUUGGAAUAAUUAUGUUCAACAAUCGGAUGGAACUUAUCUACCUAAAAGAAGAUGGGAACAAAUGAUUCAAUCAAUGUUUUCUAUUUAUCCAUUAUUAACAUAUAGAUCAUUCAAUAAAACAACUGUUAUGUUUCAGUAUGUGUUAUUUACAAGUUUUAAAGGUCGAACAUCAGUUUGGGGUCAUCACUAUGCAGACAGAUCAGUGAAAUCAUAUCCAUUUCCAACUAUCAAUUAUCGUCGAGCUUAUUUAGCUUAUUCGGAAUGGAUAUUAAAUAAUUUUAAUCUUACAUCAAAAUUUCAAUUAACAUCAAUUCAAGAAGAAUUACAACAUAAAAAAAUAUCUGAACACAUUCCUAUAUGUGAUGAAACAUGUUCUAUUCAACAACAACAAAAUCAUUCAUCAAAUGAAUUUACUGGUGAAUGGAUUGUUGUUCUAAAUCGUGCUGGUGCUGGUCGUCGUGAAAUGAUAAAUGCUGAUGAAUUAGUUACUGCUUUGUUAAAAGCAUUUCCUGAUCAUUCAAAUCCAUAUUUACGUGUCUGGCCAAAACAAUUUAAUUUUGAUGAUAACCUUUAUGAAACAGCACGUAUGGCUCGUUCAAUACGUUUAUUAUUUGGUGUUCAUGGAGCCGGUUUAUCAAAUGCUGUAUUUAUGAGACCAGGUGCUAUUCUUUAUGAAGUCAAUCCAUAUGGUUGUCGUCAUUUAUCAUUUAACUUUCAUCGUUGGGCUGAUGUAUUUAAUCUUCAACAUGCAUUAUGGAUUCCAUCACAAGGCAAUAAUGGGAGGACAAAUAACUAUUGUGAACGUGAAUCAUCGACAACAUUAAAUGUAAAAGAAAUCAUUAAUGAAAUGAAAAGUUUGCUUAAAGAUGAAGUUGAAUAUCGAAGUGGUUAUAUAAAACGAGCAUUAAAGAUAAUGACUGAUAUGUCAAUUGUUGAUCAUCCACCAUCAGGAUUUGAAAACAUUUUCUAG